AUGGAAUCGAUGGAUUCGAAGAUUCCGAACCAUUCACUUCAAAAAACGGACCCUCAUUACUUUCCAACUGUUCAUCUCCUUCCCCCAAAUUCCAUUCCGCUACAACUCCUGGACCAAGGGAAAGAGAAAUCGUGGAAAUUUUUAGAAAAGUCCAAGCCCAACUCCGGGAACGAGCUGCACAAAAGGAAGAGAAAAAGGUGGAGGAUUCACAAUCACAAGGACACAUAUUCCAUUUCAGGUUUAAAGAUAAAUCAACAAGAAAAUAAGGAAGUUCGGUCAGGAAGAUUUCUAGUAGCCAGACUUCUUUCCUGUGAAACGGGCAAUGGUGGUAGCGACUUCAUCCACCGCUUCUUCUUCUUUCUUGUUCCUCACUGCACUCUCUACUCUUCUCAAGAUCAGGACCUCUCUUCUAAUUGCCCCUACCGUCCAAAGAGAAAAUAUCAAAAUCAUGCUCUUCUUCUUAUUCUGAAGCUUCAUAUUUGGAAACAGUUAUGA